AUGGAUUCAAUCCAGAGAUAUAAGGGAUACACACUUUGUCCGUACACCGAUACUUCAAAACUGGAGAAUGGAGUUCUGGAGAAAUUUCUCCGUCAAGAUGACAUCAUUGUGCAAGGGUUUCCCAAGUCUGGUAACACCUGGAUGAUAUUCUUACUGCAAGAAUUAUAUCCCGAUUUGAAUGUAUUUCAGCACGGUGACAAGAAAGUGCCUCCAAUGCUAGAGUGGCUCACUGCCAAUCCUAGAUUUUUCGAUGAUUUCGACACGCCUAUAACAAGAGCAGUGAAAUCCUUUCUGAUAGACCCUGGCGUGACGUCAUCACCACGCCUUAUCAAGUCACACCUCCCGUACGAAUUAUUUCCAAAGCAAGCACUUCGGACUGGUACCAAAGUAAUAUACAUCGCUCGUAAUCCUAAAGAUGUCGUCACUUCUAGCUAUCACUGGUUAGGCAGAACCAAUUUGCCAAGAGAAAAUGUUACACGAGAAGGUCAUCUUAAAAAUUUCAUAGACGGGAUCCUUCCAGGUACACCUUGGGUGAACCACGUAGCUGGCUGGAGGAAACACAGUGAUGAUGAGAACGUGUUUUACGUCACUUACGAAGACAUGGUAAAAGAAACCAAGACCACUGUCCGCGCGAUAACGGAGUUCCUGGGACGCUCUCUUCCGGACUCCCAGUUAGAAAAUGCUAUAGUUAACACUUCUAUUGACAAUUUACGUAAUAAUCCAACGUCUGCGUUUAGAAUCGAUAUUGACGAGUCAUUUAUGCCAAAUUAUGUUGCUGGCUAUUUUAGGAAGGGGAAAGUUGGCGACUGGAAGAACCAUUUCACCGUGGCUGAAAAUGAGAUGUUUGAAGAUGUCAUAGUGAAGAAGUUACAAGAAAAGGGAAUAGAAUUUGUGUAUGAAUUGUAA